AUGGCUAGUCCUAGUCUUCUCACCUUUGAUGCUGAGGGUCGAGCGGUUGACUUUGAUGUCUGGCUAGAUGAUCUGCAGCUUUUCCUUCAGUGCGAUAGCAAGGAUGGUCUCUCCCUGUUUGAUCUUACGUCGGGUGCCUCUACUGCCCCUGCUGCUGAUGCUGACAGUACCGUUCGCUCGCAGUGGCUCACGCGCGAUGCUGCUGCCCGCCUUGCUGUGCGUAGUCACCUACCGUCUACUGAGCGCGCGCACUUUAGUCAGUACAAGAGUGCUAAGACUCUGUACGACGCAGUAGUUGCACGCUACUCCUCCCCUGCCACUGCUGCGCUUAGUCGCCUCAUGCUACCGUACCUGUUACCUGACCUCGCUGCUUUUGCCACAGUCACUGACCUCAUUACGCACCUCCGCACUAGUGACACUCGCUACCGCGCUGCGCUUCCUGCUAAGUUCUGCGCCCAGCACCCCCCCCCCAUGUACAUCACCCUCUACUAUCUAGUCACUCGACUCCCUGACACUCUCCGCUCGGUCAGGGACCACUUCCUCUCUCUUUGCCCUACCACCCUCACUGUCGACCUCCUCGAGGAGCGCCUCCUUGCAGCAGAGACUAGUAUUACCGCUGUAGGCGCCUCUUGUGGUGACCCCCGUACCCCUUUCUUUGAGGGGUGCUCCCCUGUUCCUCUUUUGCCCUCUGUUGCCUCUGCUGCUGCUGUCGACCUUGUUGGCACUGAGCCGGUCAGCGCUGCGUCUGCUCCUAGUGAGAGGCGCCGCAUCAGCAAGGGCAAGCGGGGCAAGGGAGCUGGAGGAGGUGGUGGGGGCGGCGGUAGUGGCGGUGGAGGCGGAGGAGGGGGUGGGGGUGGGGGUGGUGGCAGAGGUGGGGGCUUCGGUGGCGGCAGUGGAGGUGGAGGCGGCAGUGGCGGUGGCGGGAGGGGUGGAGGAGGCGGAGGCGGCGGCGGCAGAGGUGGAGCUGGCAGAGGCGGAGCUGUGCAGCGGGGACCUCAGCAGCAGCAGCGCUCUCGUGAGACCCCUUCGCCCCAGCAGCUUCGUGAGUGGUACACGGGGCGCCAGGGGUCUGGAGGUGCUGGUCCCUGUACUUACGUCCUGCGCACCGGCGACCGCACUGGAGAGCAGUGUGGCGACCUGCACGCCACCCAGCGCUGCUUCGGUCGCCUGACGGACGCCUGGUGUGCCCAGUUCCCGGACGCCACUGAGAUCCCUCGUUGGAGUGAUCUGCUCAGGUCGGGGGUAGCUAUCUUUGAUCUUGACUUUGAUGCUAUUCUUGCUGCCAUGUAUGCUGUGUCUAUUAGUGCUGAGGGUGACUGUUACGUGUGUGUUCCGCCUGACCUUGGUAUUGAGGCUGCUGCUCUAGGUGCUCGUGAGUCUGCUGCUCCAGGUACUCGUGAGUCUGCUACUCUAGGUGCUGGUGAGGCUGCUCUCUCAGGUACCGCGUCGGCUCAGGUCUUUCACACCUUCACCCUCGACUCGGGUGCUUCCCGCUCCUUCUUUCGAGACCGCACCACCCUUACGCCGCUCAGUCGGCCGGUUGCGGUCUCCCUGGCGGACCCCUCUGAGGGUCCUGUCCUUGCUCGCUACUCCACUGUCCUCCCGUGUCCGGCGGCCCCGUCCGGCUCCCUGUCUGGUCUCUACCUCCCCUCGUUCUCCACGAACUUGGUGAGUGGUGCUGACCUUCAGGAUGCCGGAGUUGACCAGUUCACACCUGCAGGUCAGCGAGUGACCCACUGCACGUGUGCUCAGACGGGCCGCCACUUGGCCACGUUUACCCGUCGACCGGGGUCGAGCCUGUACACACUGACCACAGAGUCUCCUCCGGUUGCUGCGUCUGGUCAGGUAGCUGCGUCGAGUCAGGUGUUUGCUGCAGCGUCUUGGUCAGGUCCUGAGUCUGCCCCCUGCUCGUGUCGCCUCCUGUCCCACCAGACCCUCCUCUGGCACCACCGACUUGGUCACCCCUCCUUGCCUCGUCUCCGAGGCAUGGCCUCCCGUGUCCUUGUCUCUGGUCUCCCCCGGUCCCUCCCUCCCCUUCCCCCGGGGCCUGCCCCUACCUGCGUUCCCUGCGUCGAGGGGCGGCAGCGCGCCGCUCCUCACUCCUCCGAGUUUCCCCCCACAGAGGCUCCGCUGCAGACUCUUCACAUAGACGUGUGGGGCCCAGCCCGCGUCCGUGGACAGGGUCACGAGCGUUACUUCCAGCUGGUGGUUGACGACUACUCGCGUUACACCACUGUCUUCCCCUUGCGCAGCAAGGGUGAGGUCGCAGAGGUGUUGAUCGACUGGAUCCGCGUUGCUCGUCUCCAGCUCAGAGAGCGUUUCGGCUCGGACUUUCCUGUCCUGCGUCUGCACUCCGACAGAGGCGGAGAGUUUUCCUCCGACCUUCUGCGAGCCUUCUGUCGUGCGGAGGGCAUCCGCCAGACGUUCACGCUUCCGGCCUCUCCACAGCAAAAUGGGAUUGCUGAGCGCCGCAUUGGCAUGGUCAUGGAUGUCGCUCGUACGUCCAUGAUCCAUGCGGCUGCUCCCCAUUUUCUGUGGCCGUUCGCGGUUCAGUACGCGGCGCAUCAGAUCAACCUUCAGCCCCGGGUCUCCCUGCCAGAGACCUCCCCUACUCUGCGGUGGACGGGGAAGGUUGGUUUUGCGUCUGCGUUCCGUGUCUGGGGAUCUCGAGCUUUCGUUCGAGACUUGUCUGCGGACAAGCUGUCCUCCCGUGCUGACGUCACGUUUGACGAGUCGGUUCCGUACUACCAUCUCUUCCCCUACCGCACUGCCCCCCUCCCCCCCCCGCCGCUCUUCCUCGUGCCCGGUCCCCCCCCGGUAGACCCCCUCCCCCCUCAGGGUCCUGCCCCCUCAGGUGUGUCCCAGGUAGAUGCAGUCGAGCCUGUCGAGGUAGCUGCUGACUCUGGUGCGUCUGGGGGUGCUGAGCCUGAGCGUGCUGAGCCUGGGGGUGCUGCGUCUGGGGGUGCUGAGCCUGAGCCCUGA